AUGACGAUGACUAAAGUCUUUAAAGACACUCAGCACAUUGUGGUCUGCUUAUUCUUGUUGGGCUCUCCAGCUGAAAUCUUUAUGUUCAGCUUCUCUGUCUGUGGUGAAGAGGAACAGCCAAGACAUAAAGCGAGAACUGAAACUGACAAGAGUGAAAUCAAGAAGAGACUUGAGGAAAGAAAGAAGACCCUGAAGGAGAUGGAGAUGACAAGGGCAGUGGAGAGGAUGAAGAUAUCAGCAGAACGAGAGGUAGCGGAAAAUGAAAAGAGAUUCAAGGAACUGAUCCACUGCAUUAAAGUAGCUCAGAAUAAUUUGGCUGCGAGGAUUAGACAACAAGCAAAGGAAGAAAAGGAGAGGGUUGAAAAAGCCACGAAACACUUAAAGCAGGAGACUGAGGCGCUGAAGAAGAAAGGUGAUGAACUGAAGAAACUUUCAGAGACCAAGGACCAUGUCCAGUUCCUGCAGAGAUGGUCAAAUGAGAUUAUUUCCCUUCCUACUGAAGGAGACUCGAUCAACUUCAAAGCUAUAACUGAAUUCACUUCUGAGGACCUGAAAAAGGAGCUUUCACUUCUAAGGAAGAGUCUGGAGAAGAUCAGUCAGUGGGACAUUAAGACAUUGUCUCCAUCAGGCCAUAAAGCUCCAAUUUUUGUCCUACGGUCUCCUGAGCCUCAAAACAGAGAUGAGUUUAUACAAUACUUCUGUCCACUCACACUGGAAAUCAACACGGCACACAGAACCCUCUGUCUGUCUGAAGGGAACAAGAAGGUGACACGUAAAAGGAAAAAGUUUGAGUAUCCUGAUCAUCCUGACAGAUUUGACCGCUGUGCCCAAGUCCUGUGCAGAGAGGUUCUGACUGGGAUUCACUGUUACUGGGAGGUGGAGUGCACUGGAGACAACAUGGACAUCGGACUCGCGUAUAAAGGGCUGGACAGGAAAGGGUGGGGCUGGGAGUGUCGCCUUGGAAACAAUGACAAGUCCUGGAGUCUGCGCUGCUCUCAUUCCCAGUACUCUGUGUAUCACAAAAACAUGAAGACUGACAUCAGCGCCCCCUACAGCCCCAGAAUAGCUGUGUAUCUGAACAGGCCUGCUGGCUCUCUGUCAUUUUAUAGCAUCUCACACACAAUGACCCUCCUGCACACGUUCAGCACCUCCUUCACUGAGCCCCUCUAUGCAGCGUUUGCUUUAGAGUCUUUGUUUUGUUCUAAUGCCAGCAUUACAAUCUGCAAUCUGACGCCAUGAGACCACUGACCGGCACCCUCCACCACUCACUCGAUGUCCCUACAAGCACAGCUCC